AUGCAGUUUUUUUGGCGUAUUGUUUUGAUGUUAUAUAGUGCUAGGAACAGCCGGCCAGCCAACAGCCUAAUAGCAGAAAGUUAUAGCCUUACUGGUUUCAGCUUGGCGACCGCGUCUUCCUGCGAUAUCCCGCCUGCUGCCGCACGUUGCUGCGCUUGCCGGCGGCGUUUGCGGCUCCCUUGCCGCCGCAGAUCUCCUUCGUGGAGACGGCCGCACUCCCCGACAGCGGGAUUGCUGGCUCUUUAUGCUCUGCGCACUCUGGGAUGCAUCUCGACGGAUGACUCCGUUCUUGUGCGCCAUGCAGCCAACGGGGUCGGUCAGCUGGCGAUCCAGCUUGCUCAGCUCAUGAGCGCCAAGCUCAUCGUCACAGAGGAUAGCCAGAAGAAGCGAGAGACGUUGCGAGCAGAAUACAACCUUUCCCCGGAGUUCAUCCUUUCCGAGCGCCAGAGUGGCGUCGAGAUAGUCAAUGAGAUCCGCCAGGCUGUCUCAGAUCGAGGGGUGGAUCUAGUCUUGAAUUUCGACAGGCAGGAGUUGGAAGGUUCGCCGGAUGCCUUGGCACCGUUUGGCACGCUGGUCAGCUUAGAACUUUCCAACAAUCGGCCGUCUGACCAUCCCCGUCUCCUCCGAGACGCCGCGUCCAGGUGUAUCACCCUUGCUGCCGUGGACUUAACCAAACUUCAUGGCCAGAAACCCGCGAUUUUGCAGCAGCGUCUUUGGCAAUUGUCGCAGCUUAUGCUAGACGGGUCGGUGGUUCCGGUGACGCCGCUGGAAGUCCUCGCGGCUUCGGAACUUGCCAAAAUCCUACAAGCCGUGCAGAAAAGUCAGAUAACCGGUAAGGUAGGCUAG